UUCUAUGUUUUUGUCUACAAAAAAUUUGACAACAAUUGACAUUUGGCACCAUUUACAUAUGAUCAUGGCAUUUCCAAUGGCCCUUUUUCCCAACGUAACAUGGCCUCCAAUCAAGAUUUACAACUGUUAGAUAGUUGGGAAGAAUUGGAUACAGAAGUUUUGGAGCAAAACUUUCAGAAAUUACUAGAGCCAAACAAUAGAGUGAGCGGAAGAAGUAAUGGUAUUGCACCUUGUUCCUCAAAAAAGCCUGUCCGUAUAACAAUAACAGGUGAUGAUGCACACAGAUCUACGCCUCCUGAACCCACAGUUAAAAUUUUAAAAAGACCUGUAAAAACUGUACAACUCAGCUGUGAUUCUAAAGUGUUCCAACCUAAAAAAACUUUGCAACAAAGAGAACAAGAAUAUGCAGAAGCAAGAUUAAGGAUAUUAGGAGAAGCAAGCUCCGCUAAAAAUGAGGAAAGAUUUAGUAUAAUAAAUAAACAAAAAACAGAAGAACUAGUUGAUGUGAUACGACAGCCUAAAGGGCCAGAUGGAACCAGUGGCUUCAAGAUACGUAGAUAGCAUCACCAUUCAAAAUGAGAUCAAAUAUAAGUCAACAUAUCAUUAUUUAAUUUCCAUCAAACCAUU